AUGAGUGUCACUGUCACGACUCCUCCUUCUGUUGAUUCCAAACCACUUGUGUACAAGUUGAAUACUAGAGACCACGACUCAUAUAAAGAAGAGUCAAACAAUCUUUACCUCUUGCCGAACAGCAAUUAUCUUCUUAGCAAUCUCACCAUCAUCCGGGACAGGACGACAUCCUCACCUGACCUGUCUAGAGCAUUCCAACGAGUAGCAACUCAGAUCAUCGCCAAAGCAUGCGACUUCUUGCCUGUCGAUGAAUAUGAGGGCAUCACACCAACAACUUCAGCCUUCACAGGCGUACGACAAACCACCAAAGUCUGCGGUGUUAGCAUCCUGCGUGCCGGUGCGAGUUUCGAAGAGCCACUUCGGCAGGCAUACAGGUGUGUCCGCCGUAACUUUGGCAAGAUAUUGAUCCAGAGAGAUGAAGAGACGUGCUUACCAGCACUUUUGUAUUCGAAGUUUCCAUCCGACCUAGCUGAGCAAGCCGUCUUGAUUCUGGAACCCAUACUCGCGACCGGCGGCUCAAUCUGCACAGCUAUCGACCUCCUCCUCAGCAAGGGCGUCCCUGAAGAUAGAAUCAUAGUCGCAAACCUGAUCACUUCACGGAAAGCGACACAGAUUGUCUCCGAGAAGUAUCCCAAGUUACGCAUUGUAACAGCAGCAAUUGACGAGAAACUCAAUGCGAAGAGUCAACUAGAGCCAGGAGUAGGCGACUUCGGAGAUCGCUUCUACGGUACGACAUAA